GGCGGACCGGUCAAGCCCGGGCGGAGACUGCUGUGUCCUCUAACUGGAGGCACCGACGCCGGGCCGGGAGCCCGGUGAGACCCCCGGGUGCAAGGGACGGAGGGUUCCCUGGGCCGUGCUCGGCGCGUGGCCUGUGCCAGUGUUCAGCUUUCUGACUGUACCGCUAGGCAGACGGCGGCGUGUUCCCGCAGGGUGCUCUGGAGGGGGUGCUCCCGGAGGGAGGGGUGCUCCCGGAGGAGUGGACCCAGGAAGCGUCCACAGGCUGCCUUCGCUUUCCGGGCACAUCUAGUACACUGCUCGGAGCCCAUUUCGUAAAGAAGUUGGUACAGAGACUAAGGGCCGUGCGCACGGUCAGCCAGCCGAGAAUCCAGGAACCGUGCGGACCGUGGGCGGACGCCAGACGUUUGGCCUCCUCGGGAGGGGCCUCUCAGCAGCAGCUGACCAGGAACAUCAGGCCCAUGCUGUUGCUGGCCCUGGCACCCAGGGCUUGGCUCAGGCUCCCUCAGCUCAAGCCCCUGGCCCUGCCUAGCACCCGGGGAGGUGAGUCCCUACACGUCAAGUGCCGGUUCUCGUCAAGGCAGAGCCCUGCAGGGACAGGCAGGCAGGGCCAGCCCCAGGGCCCUGGACUUCGAACUAGGCUGCUGGUCACGGCCUUGUUUGGUGCUGGGCUGGGUGGGGCCUGGCUGGCUGCAAGGGCUAAGAAGGAGCAGUGGCGCCAGCAGCAGCGGACAGAAGCCCUGCGCCAGGCAGCCGUGGGCCAGGGCGACUUCAGCCUGCUGGACCACCAGGGCCACGCUCGCUGCAAAGCCGACUUCCGGGGCCAGUGGGUACUGAUGUACUUCGGCUUCACACACUGCCCCGACAUCUGCCCAGACGAGCUGGAGAAGCUGGUGCAGGUGGUACGGCAGCUGGAGGCCGAGCCUGGCCUGCCCCCCGUGCAGCCUGUCUUCGUUACCGUGGACCCUGAGCGGGACAAUGUCGAGGCCAUGGCCCGCUAUGUGCAGGACUUCCACCCGAGGCUGCUGGGCCUGACCGGCUCUGCCGAGCAGGUCGCCCAGGUUAGCCGCAGCUACCGCGUAUACUACAGCGCUGGCCCCAAGGACGAAGACCAGGAUUACAUCGUGGACCACUCCAUCGCCAUCUACCUGCUCAGCCCCGACGGUCUCUUCACAGACUACUACGGCCGGGCCAGGUCAGCUGAGCAGAUUGCAGACAGCGUGCGGCGCCACAUGGCCACCUUCCGCAGCGUCCUGCACUGACCUGCAUUAAAGAGGGUGCUGUGGA